AUGGACGUGAGGGAGGCGUUCGAGAUCCAGCAGACAGCAAGUUACAUCGUGACACGUGGCUUCUCGCGCGUGUGCCUUCAGUUCCCCGACUCGCUCCUCCCGCACGCCGUCUCCGUCCACGACGCGUUAAGAGCCGAAUGCGCCGCGCUCAUUAGCAGCGAGCAUCAUGGUGCUUAUAACGGGGACUGUGAGACCGAGCCGUUACCUGAAGCUCCACCUGUCACCAACCCAGAGGCUAAUGUCGAUUCACGUCAAGAAAUUGCGUCCCUGAGAACUAGCGAUCUGCCUGGGAGUAAUCAGCGUGGGAAAAAAGAGCAUGGGUCUGGGUUUCCGGGUUUUACGGAGGGUGAAGGAGGGAAGGAGUCAGAGGAGGCAGGUGUAGCUGAAUCGGAAGCGCAUUUGCGGCCGCCGCAAUUUGCGGCGAGGCAGUCGGCGGGACAUGCGGCGGAUCCUCCGCAUCGGGACGUGCCGCAUUUCUACGUUUUGGCUGACGCGGCAACCGCCACGUGCAGCAGCUGCUGCGUGGAUGAGGUGUCGCCGUGCCACGUCAGCGCUGAGUGUAUCGUUCACUACGGCCACGCGUGCAUGUCGCGCCGCCCGGCGCGGUUCCCCGUGCGACUCGACCCCACCCACCUACCCGCUGCUGCUCCUGCUGUCCCUGAAGCUGCUGCUGCCGCUGCUGCUACUGACAGCAGCAGCAGCAACACCGCCCCUCUCUUCCAUCCAGUUGACCACUCCCGCCUGCUGCGCCGCCGCUACUUCCUCGUCGAGAAAACCAAGGACGCCUCCAUUAUCGGCAUUGUAGUUAUCUCCCAAUCUGCCGGCGCUGCCGCCGCCUCCACCCGCGCGACGGUCGCCGCGAUUCGCACCGCUGCGGUGGCUGCGGGGAAGAAGGCGUACGUGAUUGUGAUCAGGCGGCGGAUCACGCCCGAGAAGCUCGCGAAUUUCCCCGAGUGUGAUGUCCUGGUGCUGGUGGCGUGUGCGGAGGGAGUAAUACUGGAUGGCAUGGGGCAGGGCAGCAGCGGUGGCAGUGGUAGCAGUAGUGGCAGCAGGGCGUUUUACGCGCCGGUGGUGACGCCGUUUGAGGCUCUGAUGGCUCUGGAAGAAGGGCGGGAGUGGACGGGGGAGUAUCGGAUGCUGCUGGAUGGUGCUGGGGUGGGGGGGGGCGGAAGAGGAGGAGCGGUGAGGAAGGGAGAGGCAGGCUCAGGGGAAGGAACUGGGGAAGGUGGGGAGGAUGCGGCUCCGCGGUUCUCCUUUGUGAAAGGAUCGCUGGUAUCCCCCGCUCCUCACAAACCAUCGUCUGCAGCACCAUCAGCAGCAACAACAGCAGCAGAAUCGAAUCAAUCAGCUUUGGCCGUCCGGCAGGACAUGGCUCUUUCUACUCUGCCCGUUUCAUCCGACUCCUUGGCCCUGGCUCAGGCGUCCGGCCAAUCGGGGUACGCCACGUCAGCGGCAGUGGAGGCGCGAUCGGGAUCGGAGUUUUUGGCACUGCGGCGUGACUAUAAGGGGCUGGAGGUGCCCUGGUUCAUGGCUCCUGGUGGGACGCCCAGGGAAGGGGGAGGGGAUGCAAGAGGGAGAGGGGAUGAGGGCGGAAGGGAGGAUGGGGGAGCGGUGGGUGCUUUCAUGCCGAAUGUGGCUCCGGCUAUUGAUGCAGUGAGGGUGGUGGAAGGGAGGGAGGGGCGAGCAGCAGGGUAUGUGGAUGAGCCACUGCAGGGAUAA